GUGGCAAGGUGUUUCUAAAAACUGAACGAAUGCAAUCAAUUCACGGUCCGUGUUUGUUUUAAGUUAAAUUAAAAAAUAAUAGCAAUUUUAAAUAAAUUUCAAUAUAAAUCGUAUGAGCACAACUGUCGUCUGACCUCGACGCGGUUGUGGGUUGUGAAUUUUGGACAUGUCUCAGGCCAAAAUAUAAAAUUCUGUGCAAAAAUUCGGGUGUGCGGCGCUACGAUUCGAGGGUUACAUGUGACGAAAUGAAUCUUUAACAGAGCAGCAUCAGCUACAACAACAGCAACAAGAACAAUAACAAGAACAACGCAAUCAAUAACAACGAAGCAACAGAACAUUCACAACAUUCACACUUACAUUCACACUCAAGCAUUCACAACUUAUAACUUCAGAGUAAAGACUAAAGUUCGUUGAGGUAUUUUGGAGAGGAGGAGGAGGCGGCGGAGGAGUCCAAGCAGGAGCAGCAGCAGCCGUGCAGGGUGCAGGGUGCAGAUCAUCAAUAUUCCAGAAAGCAAUUGAGUGAGCCAGCCGGGCACAGGCAUUAAUUCAUCAAUUAUUCAAAAUGACCGAAGACGAAAUUCUCUUUGACGAUGUUUACGAGCUCUGCGAGGUCAUUGGCAAGGGACCCUUCUCAAUUGUGCGACGCUGCAUACACAGAGAGUCGAACCAGCAAUUCGCUGUCAAAAUCGUUGAUGUGGCCAAGUUUACGGCUAGUCCAGGACUGAGCACAGCUGAUCUGAAACGCGAAGCCACAAUAUGUCACAUGCUAAAACAUCCGCACAUCGUCGAGCUGCUGGAAACCUACAGUUCCGAGGGCAUGCUCUACAUGGUCUUUGAAUUCAUGGAAGGCUCCGAUUUGUGCUUUGAGGUUGUGCGACGCGCCGUUGCAGGUUUUGUCUACAGCGAGGCGGUGGCUUGCCACUAUAUGCGGCAAAUACUGGAGGCACUGCGCUAUUGUCAUGAGAACGAUAUACUGCAUAGGGAUGUGCGACCAGCCUGUGCACUGCUCGCCACAGUGGACAAUUCGGCGCCAGUGAAAUUGGGUGGCUUCGGUUCGGCGAUUCAGUUGCCGGGAACUCGCGAAACCAUAGAAACACAUGGACGCGUGGGCUGUCCGCACUAUAUGGCGCCGGAAGUGGUGACCAGGCGUCUGUACGGCAAGGGCUGCGAUGUCUGGGGUGCUGGCGUCAUGUUGCACGUCCUGCUGUCGGGAAGGCUGCCCUUCUUAGGGUCCGGCGUCCGAUUGCAACAGUCAAUAGCACGUGGAAGGCUUUCGUUUGAGGCGCCAGAGUGGAAAUCAAUUUCGGCCAAUGCUAAAGAUUUAGUCAUGAAAAUGCUGGCGGCCAAUCCACAUCACAGACUAUCAAUAACCGAGGUGCUAGAGCAUCCCUGGAUACGCGAUCGCGACAAAUUGCAGCGAGCUCAUCUGGCGGAUACAGUUGAGGAAUUGAAGCGCUACAAUGCGCGACGCAAGCUCAAGGGUGCCGUGCAGGCCAUUGCCGGUGGCACCAACAUGGAUCCACUGUAUGCCAGUGAUGCGGAUAUGCCAAUUGCAGGUGCACCGGACGAAUGGGCCGACGAGGAGGCGGGCAUUGAGGCGGUGCAGCGAAUACUCGACUGUCUCGACGACAUUUAUUCUCUGCAGGAUGCGCACGUUGAUGCGGAUGUGCUGCGCGACAUGCUGCGAGAUGGUCGCCUGCAACAGUUUCUGCAGCUUUUUGAUCGCAUUGGCUCAACGGUUAUCACGACCAAUGGACGGGCGCCCACUGCCGAGGCUGUUGCGCGCAGUCGCGAUGUCCUGGAGCUGUUGUCAUCGGUGGGCGUGGGUGCGGGCAAUAAGUAUGCCAAGGAUGAGCUGAUGCAGCUCCUUGCCGCACCGCACUUGCAGGCUCUGCUGCACACACACGAUGUCGUUGCUCGGGAUGUCUACGGCGAGGAAGCUCUGCGCGUCACACCGCCGCCCAUGGUACCCUAUCUCAAUGGCGAUGAGCUGGACAACGUGGAGGGCGGCGAGCUGCAGCAUGUGACUCGUGUGCGUCUUGUGCAGUUCCAGAAAAAUACCGACGAGCCCAUGGGCAUCACGCUUAAAAUGACCGAGGACGGACGUUGCAUUGUGGCGCGUAUCAUGCACGGUGGCAUGAUACACAGACAGGCCACGCUGCAUGUCGGCGAUGAGAUACGGGAAAUCAAUGGGCAGCCGGUGCAGCAUCAGUCCGUGGGUCAAUUGCAACGAAUGCUGCGCGAGGCACGCGGUUCCGUUACCUUUAAAAUAGUUCCAUCUUAUCGUAGCGCCCCGCCACCCUGUGAGAUUUUUGUUCGUGCACAAUUCGAUUAUAAUCCGCUUGAUGAUGAGCUUAUACCCUGCGCCCAGGCGGGCAUUGCAUUCCAAGUCGGCGACAUACUGCAGAUCAUUAGCAAGGACGAUCAUCAUUGGUGGCAGGCGAGAAUUGAUACGGUGGGCGGAUCGGCGGGACUGAUACCAUCACCAGAACUGCAGGAAUGGCGUAUUGCUUGCCAGACCGUUGAUAAGACCAAGCAGGAGCAGGGAGAACCGGGUGCAGGAUGUUCCGCUCACGCAGAUGGGUGUGAUGGAUCCGCAGUAAACUGUUCCAUCUUUGGGCGCAAGAAAAAGCAAUGUCGGGACAAAUAUUUGGCCAAACAUAAUGCCAUAUUCGAUACGCUCGAUGUGGUCACAUACGAAGAGGUUGUCAAAGUACCAGUGGGUGAUCCGAACUUCCAGCGAAAGACAUUGGUGCUACUUGGUGCACAUGGCGUGGGCAGGAGGCAUAUAAAGAAUACUUUAAUCUCAAAGUAUCCCGAUAAGUAUGCCUAUCCCAUACCACAUACAACGAGACCUGCUAAGCCCGAAGAGGAGAACGGACGCAGUUAUUACUUUGUCUCACACGACGAAAUGAUGGCCGACAUUGGUGCCAAUGAGUAUUUGGAAUAUGGAACGCAUGAGGAUGCCAUGUAUGGCACCAAACUAGAUACCAUUCGACGCAUACAUACUGAGGGUAAAAUGGCCAUACUAGAUGUGGAGCCGCAGGCACUCAAAAUACUGCGCACAGCUGAAUUUACGCCCUAUGUCGUGUUUAUAGCGGCGCCCUCACUCCAGAACAUUGCAGAUUACGAUGGCAGCCUGGAGCGACUGGCCAAGGAAUCGGAUAUGCUGCGUCAACUGUAUGGACAUUUCUUUGACUUGACCAUUGUGAACAACGAUAUUAGCGAGACGAUUGCCACUCUAGAAACGGCCAUUGAGCGCGUACAUACCACACCCCAAUGGGUGCCAGUCUCCUGGCUCUACUGACAAGACAGUGAGCUGGAAUGCCCCGACUGUCUCGAUGGCUGCGAUUGCGAGUGGGAUGCAUACACACAGGCGUCCAAUGUGGCGCUCUACUGAGUAGAAACACACCAUAAAAGUAUUAACGAGGCACAAAUACAACACAUGCAACUACAGUAAACUAUGUUUGUAGGCGCCUGGCGCCCGCACAUACCACACACACAAUCACACACACACACACACUUUACAUAUAGAGAAAUGGGUAUUAUGGGAACUGCAGUCGCAACGCAAAGACAUAAUGUUAAUUUUAAAUAUUAUUUUCAAUAUUAUUUUAUUUUAAAUGAUGUUUUUGUUUUAGUAUAAGUUAAAUAUUAUUAUUAUUAUUGUAUUUGCCAUUCCAGUAAGCUGCCCACGAGCAGCCUGUUUAUUGUUUGUUAUUGUUUUACCUAGUAAUUUGUUUAGUAUUCGUUUGCCAGACAGCAUUAAACGCUUAUGUAAAUCCUGCACUUGUUACUGAUUAAUUUUAAUUGAAUAACAACAAUAACAACAAAAAUAUAGCACUCCAACAAAAAAAAAAUAUAUACAAAAUGUAAAUUGUUUACAAAUUUAUUUGCUACAUGAAAGUCUUUUGAAAAACGAGCGUCAAACGAGUUAGGAAACUACGUAAUUAAAUUUAACUAAUAUAGAACACAAAUUAAUAAAAAAAAAAAAAACAAAACAAAAGCAAAAGUCAUUAAAAGCAACAACAAAAACAUGAUGAAAAUGAAUAAAAUAAAGUAUGAUGAGAGCAAUUUCAAGUGUUUCAAACAAAUUAAAACAAUUAAUACACAUUAAAAAGUAAAAGUAAAAAAGGAAUAAAAGCGAAAUGAACAUUUAAGGAAUACAACUCAAAAUGUGCACGGUUUUAAAUGCAAUAAAAAUUAAAAAUUAAUAAAUACAAAAUAAAAAAGAAAUACACGUACAUACACAAAGCAAAACAAAAGCUUAACCCAAACCAAAAGCGAUUAAAAUUGUUGAAGUUGAAUUAAUUUAAUUAAGAAUUUAAAGGAAAAUGCAAUCAAACAAUAUAAGCGUAAUUUAUUUGCCACAGCGUUAUCAUAAAAAACGACUCGUAAUUAAACGAAGGCAAAUUAAAAGAACAUAGAGUGAGCACAAAAAACACACACCCUAACACACACACAUGCAUACUAACAAAAAUUUAUGAAAAAUAAAAAACAGUAAUGAAGAAAUUAAACAAAAGCGGUAAACGGUAAAUGAAUACCCUUAUGAACCACUAUUUAGUAAAAGCAAAAAAUAAGACAUGAAUGUGUUAGCAAAUCAACACACACAGACACACACACGCGUAUAUAUAUUAAAUACACACAUAUAUUUUUGAACAACUCAAACUCAGGUUGGAUACAUUGAAAAUCAGACAGUUAUAUAAGAUUAAUAUAGCGAGCGCUUCCUUUUAACCCACAGCCAAUAAGCAACAACAGACAGCUAAUUCUAGUGAACCAAAUCAAUGAACCCACAAUCCAAAAAGAAAAUGAAAACAACCUAAUAACCUUUAAAACCUUUAAAAAAAAAAACGAGAAUAAAGAACCACCCAAUAGCGUCGCAGCUUUAAGUUUUUAAUGCUAUGUAUUAUGUACACAAAAGAAAAAAAAAAAAAAGACGACGGAAUCAUGUAGAAACGGUGAAUACCACAUUUGAGUACCAGAAUAGGAAGCUCAUCAGUUUUUACAGGUUUGCUAAAGGCACCUGAUUUUACAGAGUGGAAAAUGCACUCGCUUUUUUCCCUCUCCCCAAUUUUAUUCAAAUAUAUGAAUGACUAUUAAUUUUUUGUUUUCAAAAAACGAAAAGUGAAUCUUAAAAAUGCAGAUAAAUCUGAAUUUCAUCUGCAUUUUCGAUCUAUUUAGUAAGUUUAUUAAACUUAAUGGAUCAACACAGAGUUAUAUCUAUGACGCACAAAUGCUAGAAUAUGCGUCUUGGGGUAACCUAUAGUUGGAUUCCUAACGCUACGUGGAACACUUUUACUUUAGGCCAACAUAAUAGCGCCAACACAAAACAGAACAACAUAUUGGGCAAAUGCGAAAGAAUCACUUAAAUUCUUACAAUUAGAAUUUAAAAAGAGAAAAAUAAUAAAUGGAAGUGUAAUGAAAAGAAACAUUUAAAUUUAUAUUCUUGCAGCACAUUUGGUGGCAGUCAGCGAUUAACCCACUUUAGCCUCCCACUUAACCCCAUUUGAGCCGGAGCUUAUUUCAACCACAAUUAACCAGAAGCAUCCCAUCCAUUCCACACAACAGUUAACAUGGAGUUUUAUCCACAAGAUAAAACUACGUGACAAAUUCUAUGGUUUCAAGAUGGUUGACAACAUAUUGAGAGCAAAUUCUCUCGCAAUACUCGUUUUAUGUAUGCAAAAUGUAAGCUGGUCUAUCAAUUUAAUUCCGUUCUGAGCGUUAGAGCUGACAAUGAAAAGCAGGCAGGCAAGGCAGCUAAAGGCAGGCCGAGAGCAGGCAAAUCAUAGAUGUAUUCCCAAAGAA